CGGAGAAGAGAAAUUGAAAGCAUGACCCCGCCACACCAAACAGGCCGACACCAGACCAACGCCGUGACCAAACAGAAAAUUACGUAACCCCUAAUGACCAAGAAUCGGUCGGGUGGGUAUCGGUGUGGACUCGGUUUGGCAGUGUGGCAGAGGUUUAAGGCUCGGGUAAAAAUGGAGAGUAUAUCAUAAGUUAUGCGUAUUCAUACUUCGUUUGUUCACCGGUCGAGAAGGCAGAUAACAUUGGUAUGAUUCGAAGAAAAGCGAGAUAGAGAAAUACCAAUCGUGUUUGCCUUUUGUCAAAGCUAAAUUGUUUUCCAUCGGGUGGGGAUAAGAAGGCCUUGGCUUGACAAAUGCUUGAUGUUGAAUCCACAUUAUUUGAGAUCGGUUUCAUUUUGCACGCGACAUAUAACUCAUUUCUCUCUGAGUGUCAUUCGUAAUUUCUUCUACUUCUUCAAAGCCACCCGAAGUGAUUGAUCUCCAGUUUCUUCAUCUUGACUACAUAUACAUUUGAAGAUCUCCAACGUGACAAAAUCUCCAAGCAAGUUAGGUCUUCAAGUGCAGCAAAAAAGGAAAAAAAAAAAAAAUUCUCUGCUAAAGUUUUGAACCAGUAUAAACUUUCUUCCUUCAACUAAGUAAAGCGUAGAGCUGGCAGUUUUGCGAAACUCUGACGAUUCUCCUUUUACGAACUUAAACGAAGCACGUGUUUAUCGCAAUGGGAAGCGAAUCCACAACUGUAAGCAGCGACUUGGCCACUUUAAAUGCAUCAAUGACGGAUCCAGAAUUAAUGAAUGAAACGGCAAGCUCUGAUUGGCUGUGGACACCAAUCACGUGGUCUUGGUGGAUAAGCAUUCAGCUUGUAGUGGCGUGUCUUGGUCUUGUCGGGAAUCUCUUGGUCCUGCUUGUCCUGUUCCAUCGCCGGUCAUUCAAGAAGCCUACCGAUAUCCUGAUCGGUGGAUUAGCCGCAGCAGAUUUCAUCACUUCGAUCUUUAUGAUCCCUCAACCGAAGUUAUCAGGUGCACCUGAUACUGUUCUUGGUAAUGUCGCGUGUAAGCUGGUAUACUCGUCGAUAUUCCUCUGGAUAUCUAUCAGCUCAUCGGUCUUCACCCUGACAGCUAUCGCUAUUGAACGAUAUAUCGCGGUCCUGCAUCCUGUUAAAUUCAAGAUUUGGGUAACACCGAAACGCCUGGUAUAUUGGUUUUUGGCAAUAUGGCUGUUGUCUUUCGCGUUAAACUCUCGCACGUUCGGGACUACGAUGGUCGAUAGCACUGCAGGAAAAUGCGUGGUGAAUUAUAGCCACUCUGCUAUUCAGAUCGUUCUAGGAAUCUUCGUAUUUUUGAUCAGGUUCAUAUUUCCUGCUAUCAUCAUGCUUGUGUGCUACUAUCUUAUUACUCGCUCACUACGGCAACGGUCCGAACGAUUUCAAGCCCAGACUGUCAAGUCAGUCGAUUCUCGUCUGGAGCAAAAAAACGCAGGUCCCUCGCAAAGUCUCCUCGCCGCUCGUAGCAAGGUCAUCAAGAUAAUGUUCGUCGUGAUCAUCACUUUCAUCGUCUGUUGGGCAGCGGAUAGUACCGGGCUCCUUGCCUACAACUCACAUUUGGUUGGUCGAUGGUACCUCUACAGCCACUUAUACCACGUCUUUGUCAUCGUAGCUUUCUUCAACACGUGUGCAAAUCCACUCAUCUAUACCGUCAACUAUCCAGAGUUUCGUUUGGCCAUCCGGGAUCUCUUCUUUGGCUCGCAUGGUGUCCGAGGAUCGCUGUUUAGUAAGGACACUGAGCAAAGCACCGAGGCCAACGACCACAGUGACAAAGCAGGGAAAUAUGCCCUUACCAAUAUUUAACCGUUACCCGACGUACAAACCUACGGUUAUACAUUUUCGUAUGUAUCAAUAGAUAUAGCUUAUUGGCAGAAGAAUCAUUGAUGUUAAAUGUCAUAACAAAUAAGUCAUUGGUUAAUUGUAUGCACAUGCACCAAUGGUUAGUUCUGCAAACAUUCACUUUGUUCAGACAAUUAACAUCAUUUCCUGUAACAUAAAAUAUAUUUGUUUAGAACACAUGGCCCCUGGGAUUAGAGGGAUUUUCAUAAAAACGUGAUGCGUUUAUUAGUACGCUGACCUUGGGACAUCAUACAGUAGAAAACAUACUGCGAGACCGGCAAACGUGUCAAGAUUCCUCAGAAAGGUGUAAGGGGUCGAGAAACCGAGAUGUCGGUUUCAUGGGCCGUCGGUCUCAAGAAAGUAACGAAUUCUUCAGAAGGCCCCGAUACCGAAAUUGUCGGACCCACGCGUUGUGGAAUCAUUACAAAAAAAAGAUUUUUCUAAUAUAGGCAAGCGUUUUUUAACAUGAGCAGACUAAAUAGCUGGCCAGACUUGACUGAUGUCGAUAGCAAUAGCGUUUUUUUUUUUUUGAAGUAUGAGGUCCACCCUACAAUUUUGUAUGAAGGAUGGGCUUUUGCUGGGAAAUCACGUCGUCGUUGACGUUUUCGAUUGGCAACUGACCAGGCCUUAAACUUGUUUUAUUAAUUAGCACAAAACAAGUUGUGUAUAAAUGCUUUUAUAUUCCACAUACUAAGAAUCUUGCUCUACGAUUGGUCGAAAGUAAAUCACGUGAUGAAAGAUAGUUCACCCAUCAUUGCUGGGAGAAGCAAAAAGUUCGUUGCACUGUGUAGAUAGUAGUAUUAUCUACACAUCGCAAUGUCUGCAACGCACUUUCAUUUUAUACGCUGCGUAUUGCUCUCCUCUUUAAGCACUUUUAGUGUUAUAGUACGCGCACUUUGGCCACGCGCAAACUAUAUGGUCACACCACCGUAGUGCAUCCAUGCACUGUACGUAUCGUACACCGUUUGCUAGCUGUUAAUUGAUGACUUGUUGCUCUAAAACGACGAAAGAAGUGAAAUGUUUCCGAUGUGGAAUAU